GUGCGGUAACGUUUAAGGUAAGUUGUGCAAAACUUUCGGAAUUUUUGGGCGUGUUUUUGGUCAACUUGAAAAGUCUCAUGACUUCCUGCGUGUGACGUUGUCACGACAACGUUAUCUUAAGCUGGCACGCUUACACUAAAACAUUUUAAUCAAAACUUCACUCAACAAACGUCACAUCACUUCGGCAUUUCCUGCUUCUGAGGAGAACACGUUUCGGAUUUUGUGGUCUGAACAAAGACAAUUUCCUCUGCAACACCUGAAGUGACCCCAUCCUCUUGAAUAUUCAACAUAACAGUGGAACAACAUCAUCAUCAGCAUCAAAGUACACUCACCCCACCUGGUGAGUCUUAUCAGUACUGCAGCCAGCAAUCAUCUCAAGGACCAGACAACAAAAUGGAGAAUCAACCCAACGCAGACGGCACUCCAAUGGCAACUCAAGGACUUCAUCCCUUAGCUUGUCAGCAAGCGUAUAUAGUGCAACCUCAGCUACAACCAACGCAACCAUACAGGUUGCCUAGCCCCGUACAGCCUGAACUUCCUCUGAUUCCAACCAACUAUCCUAUCAGCAACGUAACUCAGGCGCCGAUUACGCAACCAAGAGGUAACGAGUACCCAGUACAGAGAAGCAAUGUUAGCACAUCCACUGCGCUGAUUUCACCGCAGUAUUUUCCAUUCCAAGUGGUGAGGCCGUAUUAUAGUCCAGGGCGGCCACACCCGCAAGCCACAGUGCCUUAUGUCAGAACCUAUGCAGCAGAGCAGAACAUGGAGGUAAGGACAGCAAUGUCUGGUCCCCAGACGGGCGCCUGGAAUAGGGUGGAACAGCCAAUGUACGAGGAACCGGCACAGAAAUGGACAGGCACCGAGGAAUCAGCACCAUGGACAGCUAACCAGCAGAGGAAUCAGGCAGCGAAUGUUGGGGCAGCCUCCCCCGGAUCAGGGCAGAAGCCCCCCUGUGCCAUUUGCCACUGCCCCUCCACCGGUCUGCACUAUGGUGUGUACGCCUGCGAGGGAUGCAAGUCCUUCUUCCACAGGGCUCAGAGAAGAGCCCAUCCUUACGUGUGUCCUGCCAAUAAUAACUGUGUGAUCGACCGCCGGCUGAAGAAAAACUGCCCUGCCUGCCGACUCAAGAAGUGCCAGAUGCUGGGCAUGUCUUAUGAAGAACAUGCUGUACCCAACAGAGCAACCAAGAAAAAACCCAAGACCAAAAAAUCCCCCAAUAAGAAGCCUCCCAAAAAAUCUCGCCAGGACCCCCCCAGCGAAGAAACACCCCCCAAUCAACAAGUCAUAGUGCACCCCUCAAUUCCCCUGUAUAACCCCACUGUCCCCCUGAUCUCUCACCUGGUCAGUAUAGAGCCUAACCCCAUCCUGACCGGGUAUAACCCCCAGUGCACACCAUCAGAAGGGUACUUGAUGGCUCUGGUUACAGACCUGGCUAACAGGGAGAUAGAGGGACUGGUGGACUGGGCAGCCAGGCUGCCAGGUUAUGGAAUGCUGCCCAUGGAUGACCAGGUAAACCUGAUCCGGACAGUCUGGCUGGACCUGCUGAUGUUGGGUCUGGUGUGGAGAUCCAUGGAGCAUCGCGGAGAGUGGCUGGUCUUUGCUCCAGAUCUGCUCAUGGACAGAUCCCUGUGUAGAUUAUCCGGUAUGGAGUACAUCUGCACCCCCAUGCUGGAGUUUGCCCGGCAGUUUGCUGACCUGCAGGUGUCACAGGAGGUGUACGUGUGUCUGAAGGCACUCACUCUCUAUACUACUGCUGUGAGCAGACUGCAGGACUACCGUCAGGUCCAGCGGCUGCAGCAGGAUAUAAACGAGGCUCUUGCCGAGGCCUGCAGCAGCACCUUUGGUUUCUCCCCGGGGAACAUUGCACGACUCAUGAUGAUUGUGUCACAGGUCCGUCAGCUCAGCUCGCUCGGUGUGGAUCAUCUCAACAGGCUACGGGGGGCCGAGACAGUCGCUGUGCAAGGCUUGCUGAGAGAAAUUGUUGACGAGCCACCGAGGAUCACAGAGAUCACGUUUGACGAGCAGACUGGGUCGGCUAAAGACCAGGAGACUACAUCUGCAUCUGUGUCUGCUGGGAAGGCAGGGGGUGAAGCAGCUACCUCACAGGAUGCCCCAGAACCUGUAGCAGAGAACUCAGCAGAGGCAGAAGCUGAGGCUGCAGAAUUCGCCGCAGAAUUAAAGGAAGUUAUGGAGGGGGACACAACAACACUCGCCGAUGUCAGAGCUAUGGCAGAUCAGAUGGGCAUCCAGAUCCUAGAUCUGGAUUAGUCUAGAUCUGGAUAAAUCCAGCUUGAUCAGGCUCAGUCUAGUUUGACAGGAUCUAUUAUAAUCUAAAUACUGUCAUUGUCAUUAUGCUCUGGAUUGGUCCAGUUUAAACUCAAUCAUCAAGAUCUAUCUACGUUGCUUCAGAUCUAGACUGAUUUGUAUUUUGAUCUAGAUCUUUAUCAAUCCAGCUUGGUCAGGAUGAGUCUAGUU